AUGGAGGAAAAGGAGUGUCCCGUGCUGACCACCUCCACGGGGGCCCCCGUAGGAGACAAUCAAAACUCCCUGACAGCGGGGCCCUAUGGCUCAGUGCUCCUUUCGGACUUCCACUUGCUGGACAAACUGGCCCACUUCGACAGAGAGAGAAUCCCCGUAGGAUCACAGUCCAGGGCUUAG